GAGAGAAGAGAUAAAGAGCAGACGGCUCAUGUGUGUAGUUCAGCUUUUACGGGGCCGGAGCAGUACAGAAGGGCAGCGGGCCAAUGGUUACGGACUAAACAGCAUGGUGCAGGAGAGAAUAAAGCAUACUACGCUGCGGCGGGGGGCGUUUCCCCGAAUGAAGGCUGCUGACGACGACAAAGACAACGACAAGGACAAGGCCAAAAACAAAAACAAACACACAAACAGUGGCAACGGCAAUGACGCCAGCGUGUACAAGGCCGAAGGAGCGGAGGUGCUGAAGUUGAGGAACCCGUUCAGGAAGCUCAUGAGAUCGAAGCGGCACGGCACGUCGCACCACGCCAGCAUGCCGGGACAUCUCCAGCCUUCUGUGUCGACGGCCUCCACUGGCUCUGGCUCUUCGACACACUCGUCCCGGCCGUCGCAGGGGAUGAAGAAGGACAACAGGAAGACGAUUUUCCGGCUGCACGAGUCGGAGAUGUCAGUCUACAAGUCGGCGAAGGACCCAGGCGACGCACCGGCGAUAGCCACUGGCUCAAGCAUCCAUCACAUCAUCAAAAACAGCAAGCCCAGCUUGAUAGCUCAGGGAAAGUUCCAGAUCUACCAGAUGAACUCGGCUCUCAACUACCUGAGUUGCGGGUCCUUGACCCACCCGAUCCUGCCCUCUUGCACAAUAAUCAAAAUCAACACAAACACUUACAUUAUACCAAUCAAAAACCCGGUGAGGUACUGGAGACUCACCCUCAAUACCGACGAUGAGUCAAUCUUGCACAAAUUUGAAUCUACAGUACAGCCGAUCUCCAAAUUUAAAGUAGACCUAUUAGUCGAUUUCACGUUGAGCUCUCCGUUCUGUACAAUCAUCGAUACCUCCACUGCGCAUACCUCUUCCUCUUCCGUCACUUUGAAAUCGUUUCUACACGUUGAUUCAGAAGACGACUCACCAAAAACGGAAAACGCCAUUGACGCGUUGACUUUACAUCACCCGAUCCCUGUUCGUCCCAAUUCGGCCUCGACAACUUCGUUAAAAUCCUCGAUUUUACGCAAAUACAACACCAUAAACUCAAAUUCCAGCUUGAAUACUUCUCAGGUCUCUUUCGCUGAAGAUAUGGCCUCAACCAGGAAAGUAAGUGACAUACAUGCUGUUUCAGAAUCCACAGAAAUACAAAAGUGCCAAAACAUAAAAUCUUCGGAUGACUUGAAUGGGAAUACUAGUCCUAAUCUACUGGUAGAUUUGGAUUUCGAUUCUGAUCUAGACUUAGACCUGGAUUUGGAAUUAGAUUUAGACCUUGACCAAGAUUUGGACUUGAGCCUCAAAAUGGACAGUCUGGAUAUGGAUUCUCAUUUAGGAGUUAUGUCAACAAACAUGAAGGGUUUCAGUAAAGGCAAAAGAUCGAUUUCGGCUUCAGAUCUCGAUGAUCUCGAUGAGGUGGAUCUUGAUUCAGAAGAGCUUCUUUGUAUGUGGAAUAACAUAGGAGAUGGGAUUACGAAACGAUAUUCUCUCUCGUUUAAAGCCUACGAUUUGAAAAAACCUAUAUCAAUCGAUGUUUUCGACAAGUAUAGAAGAAAUAUUAAGUCGGUCUUGAAAAGCGAAGGUGCUGGCAUUCCUGACAACUUCUUGAACCACUAAUUUAUACCAUAUAGACCUCUAUGUACACUUCAAAGAAAUUAUCAUUCGUGAA